UUUUUUAUUCGCAAUUUGUGCAAGUUGCGCGCACCAAGCAACCACCAUUCAUGUUUUAUGAUCAAUUUCCUCUACAGCUUUUCAAGAAUAACAAGUGGUGCAUUUGCUCACUUUGUUUUACGUUUUUUCAGUUUACUCUGUUUUCUUAUAUUUUUUGUUCAAUGUCUUGCCGCUGACGUUUCUCUUGUUCAAUGUUUCGUUGCAGAUGCCACGUAUCACUUGUUAAUUUUAUUUUUAAAAGAUGGGAUCUACCUCCUCUUUUCAAUUUUCUCAAUGCAUUUAGCUUUGUUAGGGUUUACAAGAAAAGUGAAAGUAAUGAGCCGAAUUCCAACCAAAUCAAAUAUUCAAUAUUUUAAUCCAUUUUAAAUUCAGUUGUUGGUUUUACAUCUCGCAUGGAUAUUUAAUUAAAUUCGAAUAAUUUUUCCUAUAAUUUAAUUCAAAUUCAGAUAUCAUUCGACCUUUUCUCCUCCUUGCCUUUCUCCACAAUGAUGAUUCGACCUUCAAGUACCGAGUGAUCCAGACACUCGAUGCAACGAUCAGCCUCCUUAACCAUAGACAUUGUGACAAACCCAAAGCCACGACACUCUCUUGUCCAAGUACAGUAAAAUGAACAUCUGUAAUCGUUCCUGUAGGUUGAGCGUUGCACAUUAGCCUUCCGAGCGCUGCACAUUGUGGGUGCCGAUAAGAAAGUAAAGCUGAGCUUCCUGUAGGCCGAUGGAUCAGCUACUAUCCUGGCUUACGAUGAGAGGAAGCUUUUCGGUGUGAUUACCCUUGAUGUUGUUAGGGCUAAAACCUUCUACACCGGAAAGGCCAAAGUUCCGAUUGCCAUAUACUUCUAUUUUCACCAUUUGGAUGUGCUUUGAGAGUCCUAGAUUCUUUCCGAUUCUGUUCUUUUGGAGGGCAAGUUUUUGCAAAUUUGAAAAAUAAUGAAGGGCAAAAGGGGAUAUUUCAUCCGUUCUGUUAUGAUUUAAGAUAAGGGGUAGUUGAAAAAAUUUGCCCUUCUAAAUAACAUUGCAUUCGUUCCACUUUUUAUCUUGAUAAAUCCAUUAUCGCAGAGUCCCCGCUAUUAGUAGAUUGCUUUCCUCCAUUUCUCCUCUCUCACUCUUCACGAUCAUGGAGAAAUACAGAACUCUAGAAAUCGUUCAAGAAACCCCAUACUCCCAUGUUUUUAGAGUCUACCUAAACCUCCCGUCCCUUCGGAACGCUCUCUCUGCAGAUUUCUUCUCCGAAUUCCCAAAAGCCCUCUUUAUCCUCGACGAAAACCCACAAGUGAGUGUCAUCGUCCUCUCCGGCCACGGCGAUCAUUUCUGCUCCGGAAUCGACCUCAAAACCGUUAACUCGCUGCUCUCAACCAGUUCACCCACCGAGUAUAACGACCGCGGUAGAGCCGCAGAACGUCUCCGGCGAUCUAUCAAGGGAUUGCAGGAUGCGAUAACUGCCCUCGAACGGUGCCGCAAACCGAUAAUCGUCGGAAUACAAGGUGGGUGCAUAGGAGGCGGGAUCGAUCUCGUGACGGCCUGCGAUAUCAGGUACUGUACAGAAGACGCGUUCUUCUCGGUGAAGGAGGUUGAUUUGGCGAUCACGGCUGAUCUCGGGACGCUUCAGAGGCUGCCGGGAAUCGUCGGAUAUGGAAACGCGGUUGAGUUGGCCCUUACCGGUCGGAGGUUUUCUGCGUUGGAGGCGAAGAGCAUGGGUCUGGUCUCUACGGUUUUUCGUUCCAAGACGGAGAUGGAUGAACGCAUAAGAGCUAUUGCUGAGGGGAUUGCAGCGAAGUCACCGUUGGCUGUGCUCGGAACGAAGGCGGUGCUACUGAGGAGCAGGGAGCUUACCGUGGAUCAGGGGUUGGAUUAUGUUGCCACAUGGAACUCCGCGAUGCUCCUUUCUGAUGAUUUACCAGAGGCAGUCUCAGCACAUAUUCAGAAGAGAAAACCCAUCUUUGCCAAGCUCUGAGAACUGAUAUUUGAAGCUUGAAUGACAUCCCCACUCAUACAGACUGAGUGGGACUAGUGCACUCUUUUCAGACAAGGAGCAAAUAGAAGGAAUAAAUGUACAUGGAUUUCCCCUAAAUAAAGGACGCAUUUGCUAAAAAGAUACAGGCUGUUAGGAGCCAAAUGCACAUUCUUGAUGCUGUGAAGCGACCAUUCCUUUGCUAUCAUCAAUGUUGAUUACAUUUUUUAUUU